AUGACGGUUGCAACGCCCCAGGUGUCCUUGGAGUCCAACUCCUCCGUGAACUCCAGCACUCCCCUGGUGAGGAUCACCCGCCUCUCCUCCAGCGAGGGCGCCGUGCUGGCCAACGUCUCCGAGCUGGAGCUGCCCGCGGAUCCCAAGUGGGAAUUGGCAAGAUCGCGCUUGACUCUCGGGAAGCCUCUGGGCGAAGGCUGCUUCGGUCAGGUGGUGAUGGCCGAAGCCCUGGGGGUCGACAAGGAGAAGCCGAACAGGCCCAUUACGGUAGCCGUCAAGAUGCUGAAAGACGACGCCACAGACAAGGAUCUCUCUGACUUAGUCUCAGAAAUGGAAAUGAUGAAGAUGAUGGGGAAGCACAAAAACAUCAUCAACCUCCUGGGCGCCUGCACGCAGGACGGUCCUCUCUACGUUCUUGUGGAAUAUGCCUCCAAGGGGAAUUUAAGGGAAUACCUGAGAGCUCGCCGGCUACCUGGCAUGGAUUAUUCCUUUGAUACCUGCAAGCUUCCUGAGGAACAGCUGACCUUCAAGGACUUGGUCUCCUGUGCCUACCAGGUGGCCCGUGGAAUGGAGUAUCUGGCAUCUCAAAAAGGCCGGCUGCCUGUGAAAUGGAUGGCUCCCGAAGCCUUGUUUGACCGUGUCUACACUCAUCAGAGUGAUGUAUGGUCGUUUGGGGUGCUGCUAUGGGAGAUCUUCACUCUGGGAGGGUCCCCCUACCCAGGAAUCCCCGUUGAGGAGCUUUUCAAACUCUUGAAGGAAGGCCAUCGUAUGGACAAGCCAGCAAACUGUACCCCAGAUUU